AUGACCGACGAAACAAGUCCAGGCAGCAAGGCUGUCCUUGCCUCUCCUCCGUUCGAAUUCAUUGGCAAAAAAGAAACGUACAUUGACUGGAAGAACGCAUUAGCGAACUACUUUUUCGCUUAUCCCAAAAGUUUCCAAACCGACUCCUCUAAAAUCCUCUUCGCAUUAUCCUGCAUCUCGUCCGAUAAAGGCAAUGACGCCUGUCACACAUGGAAGGCAAAUUUCAACAACAAAACUGCAGAAUUAGAUAACAAAUUCCUGGAUCCCCAUCUCAAGUUGAAACCGGAAAUUGCCCUUCAUAGCUACGAGCAGCGAGAGAUGAUGGUAGACGCCUACUUUGGAGGACUCAAAUCCAAACUUAUGGAAGCAGGGUUACCACCAGAUGCAUAUGAAAGUUAUCCGUUCAUUCACAGUAUCCUUUGCCGCAAUCUCUCUCAAUUUCUUUGUGAUCAUAUCUCGCAGCAGGAAAACCUACCCACCAUGUACUUAGAGUGGAAGGCAGCAGCUGGGAAAUGGGAACAACAAAACGAAGAACUCAAUCUGGAAAGGAAGAGAGAUAAACCCCCACAACAGAGGCUGCCACCCCACAUCAACAAACAGUACCGCGUACAGAGACGCAGAGACCACGGUAUAUCCAACAAUGACCGUAUUAUACUCCAUCUCAGAGGCCGCCGCCCCAGAAUGCAGUCCAUCCAAACACAGCAGGAACAUUUGGAGGAUCAGGUGUACCUAUGGAGAUUGGGAGUUCCAACACUCAAAGACAAUAUUGGCCCAACCUGA